AAACAGAGACACCUCGAGGUCAGGAGAACAUCUGAAAUGCUCUUAAGCUCGAGUGUUACGUUGGAACCAGAUCUGGGAAUACAUAAUGAGAUUUUAAGGAUGACUGGCACCACAAGAAGUAACUUUCAAGUUGGCUUGACUCUGAAAGGAUGCUCUCCAGCCUGAGCAUAGCCGUCCUCCUCCUCCUGACCACAUCGACUGCUAACAGUGUUGGUAGGCCCUGCCUCUGCUCAGUCCUCUUUCCCACUGGACUAAAAGUAAACUGCAGCUCUUUAAACCUUAUGGAGCUUCCUCAUCUGCCCUCAGAUACCACGGAGCUCCAUUUGCAGGACAAUCAGCUCACCUCAGUGCCUCCAGGCCUCUUUGACCGAUUUGCGGGCCUGCAAAAGGUCUCCCUCUCUGCAAACCCCUUCCACUGUGACUGUAGGAUCCAAUACCUGAGGAGCUGGCUGCUGAAGAACAGGGCUAUUGUUUCGAAACAACCCGUCUGUUCCAGUCCAAACCAUGUGGCUCAGAAAGCCAUCGUUGAACUCAGUGAUGACCACUUUUCUUCCUGCACCCUGCCAAGCUGUGCUGACGGGACAUUCAACACCAUAAUGGGAGUGAUGCUGUGCUGCCUCAUUGUUCUGCUUCUGUGGAGUUUGAGACUAGCCAGAAAUUCCACUUUUAUCCUGAGCAUAGAUGAGAGACACUCGGGGUUCGAGGCAGACUCUCUGCGCUCGCUGAAGCCCAGACAUAGGAGGAGGCUGCACACCGGACUGUCUGAAGUCAGCAUGGACACGGAUUCUCUCAUUUUUACAGAGGAUCUAGAAGAGCCGCUUAUAAACAUGGAGUUACUGCCACAAGUACUGGAUGUGCUGCACAAGAAGCACAAUAUAAAGAUAAAAGCUACCUGAGGGGCUCUUCUUGUCCACUGCAGUGGAAUUACACAAACACUACCAGCGGAUAAAAAAAAUAGGGAUUAGGGCAGUAAGAAAGCAGCGCAACACAUUUCUUUUUACUUGCUUUUUUUUUUUUGCAAUGAAGUUGCUUCUUUUCAUGCUUUACUGCUACAGCCUUGUUUACUGAGACUGGAUGCAUGUAUUUAUUUUUCUUACAAUGCAAACUAAUAAUAACUACACAUCGACACAUUUUAAAACGAAACUACUGUAUGAUGAAUCAUCCAACUGAAGAUUUGAGAACUAAUUUGACUUUUGCUUGUAUUUGAGCUUUUUGAGACUCAGUUACAAAUGUCUCGAUACUCUAUGCAUGAUAAACAUUUCUCUUACGACAGAUUCGUUCAGUCAUACUGGACUCUUGAUUUGUGUCCUUGCAAGAACACCAAGCCAGUCCAGCAUUUAUGUUUGAAUACAUAAAGGUGGAGUAUUAAAUGUAGAAAAAUCUACAUUAUUUCUGAUGUUAUGAGAGUCUUUGAUCAUUUCUGACAAUUUGUGGAUACUUUCUAAUUUAAAAAACCAAACAAACAAAAAAAACAACACACAAACAGUUUGCCAAACCUGUGUAACUAUUCCUUGUAUUUUCGUAAGGUAUUUACAAUGAGUGAAAUUCUACAAAUGAGGCAGUAAAAGCUUUUGAUGUAACUAAAUAAACGUCCUGUUAGACUUUG